CAAAUUCAAUAUAAAAUUACAUGAAACCAGCUUCAAAGAAAUUACUCACGAUUUAUGAAAUACCUCAGCUUUCUCUCUCAUGCACGAUCUGUUAUAUAUGUAUAUAUGUGUACGAAACACUCUCACUCGAUCACACAGUCACACAAUAUAUCUGCAUAACCAUCUUCUAAUCUCCGUUGCGUUAAUAUCGAGAUCACAAUUAUGGAACAAACAAUUGAAUCAGAUUUCGAUGGUGAUCAUUGGCUCCACUCCAUACAAAACUAUCUUCUUAGCGACUCCGAUUUCGCGCUUCAUGAUAACGCGUCGCCGAUCAGCGACGACGACGUUUCGCAAAUGGUCGACGAGCUGCUACGCGGAGAGGUCGCCGAGUCCGAGUCUUCACCUUCGCCGCAGGCGGCGGCGGCGGCGGCGGAGUGGAAGCGGUACAAAGGCGUGAGGCGGCGGCCGUGGGGGAAGUUCGCGGCGGAGAUAAGGAAUCCGGAUAAGAAAGGGGCGAGGCUGUGGCUGGGGACGUACGAGACGCCGGAGGAGGCCGCCGUGGCGUAUGAUCGAGCCGCUUUCAAGCUGCGCGGCUCACGGGCUCGGGUCAACUUCCCGCAUCUUAUCGGGUCGGGCAUUCCGGAGCCAACCCGGGUCACGAAGAGGAAACACGCGGAUUUUAAGAAAAUGGAUUGUACACAAACACAGUCGGAUUAUUAGGGUUUUCUUAAUUUAGUAUUAAUCCUAUAUUAAUUAGGAUUAAUUUGCUUCAGCCUUCAUCCAUAAGGCUUUGUAAUUGCACGUUAAUUACCUGAUCAUCAACCAACCACGAGAUUAUAUAUAUGAAGAGUUGGAAUUUGGUUUGUGGCG